AUGGAUCAAUACCAUUACCACGGGCGAAAAAUGGACCGAUUGUACAGCGCGAUGCACAUAACCAAUGAAGGCCCGGUGACUAUCGAUGACCUUAUGUACCGAUGUACACGAUUGGGACGGUCUCUUCAAGACAAGUACUCGGAAUUGGUCGGCCGGACAGCGGUGACGUUGCUCAAGAGGGAAAUGGUUUGCGGACACGGAGUUCAAAUGACCAGAAGCGAAUUGAAUGCGCACAAGGUCAUGUUCGUGGCACUGAAUCUCGUCGAUCUGACGUUGAAUGCCUAUGAGUCGGAUUACAACGAAGCGUGUCAAGAGCUACUUCAGAAAAAAAGCUCGAUCAGUAUGAAAAAGAAAGGUUCAAUAUUUUUAGGUUAGAAUUCUUAUAGUUUAUAAGUAGGAACUAGGGUGAUGACUUUGAGUAUAAAAUAUUUCACUUUUGAAACUAUACAUUUUGAAAAAAACUUUUUUGAUUUUGUUUUAUUAAGUCCUAACUAGGGUUGGGAUUUUAUAAAAUGCUACAGCCAUCUAAAAACUAUAAACAUUAUUACCUAUUCUUAAUUUUUAAACUAUAUAUUGAAUGUUAUAUUCGAAAUUAUAAUUAGAAUAAUUAGAAUAAUUAGAAUAAUUAGAAUGCAUCGUCUUGCACUCCGGAAUAUUUUUCUCUUUUAUAGUAGGUGAUUUUACUUUGAAUCCAAAAUUAAGCGAUUUCUGCGCAGUCUGCGUGAGGUAGAUUUUACUAUAAUAUUAUUGUCCGUUAAUUGGACUGGACAGCACAUGCGAGUAUGACGUCCAGAGUGGCAGAGUAAUCUUAAAAUUUGUUUUAUUACUAUAAAAUUAAAUCCUGACUAUUUUGCGUUUUAGAUGUUAGUAUUAUGUUUCCAUUUUUACCAGCUUUUAAUAAAAAUUGGGUCAUACUUUCUGAAAAAAGUUAUUAUUGCUUAAUUAAAAAUAUUCAAAUACAGUAAAACUUUCAUGUUUAACGAAGGGUCCCGAAAUAAUGACCGUCCUAUAGAGGUGUCCUAUAAAGGCAUAUCACUUGACGGGACCAAACAAAAUUACCUAAAAUGACAUAGUAGUAAUAUAUAAUGCUUACUUAAUUAUUUUACCAUAAUAGCCAUAUUAUGGUAAUAAUGGUAUAUGCCAAUAUACAGGCUGUUUCAAGAAGAUAUACCCCUUGAAUAUCUCCAAAGAUAAUAAAGAUAAUUAAAUUUUGUUUUUAUAUACAUUAUUCAGAAGGAUGAGGAUUACAAAUAUUUGUAUUUUAAUUACAUUUUUUUGGUAUUAAGCGAAAAAUAACUUUUUGUUUUUUAUUUUUAGAAAAUUUUAAGAUAACCAUUCUGUAGAGUUUAUUUUUCUGAAAAUGUUAAUGUAUCACACAUUUAUAUCCGAUGAAAAAUAAACUCUAUAGAAUGGCUAUCUCAAAAUUUUCUAAAAAUAAAAAAAUAAUUUUUUUUACAACAAUUUUUAUAAAUAUUUAUAGUCCUCAUCCCCGUGAGUAACAUGAAAAACAGAAUAUGAUUAUCUUAAUUAUCUCCCGAGAUAUCCAAGGGGUAUAUCUUCGUUAUUUGUUAUUUAUUUAUAUAUUGUUAACAAAGCAUCACUAUCAACUGAACUCCGCUCAGAAUUGUUUUUUCGUUAGCAACGGUUUAUCGUUAAUUACAGAUAUCUGUUAUACAUUAAAUCCCCUUAUGUAUCGUACCUUCUCUACUUCCCACCUACAACAGUGGCUACACCCGUCCCCAUUAUUUUAGGACGGCUUUUAGAUUCUGAGUAGAGCGAAGAAUCUUAUGAUUUACCAAGAUGUUUAUUUAUUUAUUUUUGUUAUCUGUGCGUAACUAGUCUACCAGAAGACUUGCUCGGGGAUUUCUAAGUGUAGCACUUUUUCUGAAAAGAAAUUAGUGUGUGGAGAUACUUUAAGAAGGUAAUUUUUCGAUUUUCUCAGGAGUUUACUCAUCAAAUUUGAAAAACCGAAAAAAAAAAUGUACGAAAUAUAUUACUAAAAUAUUACGAUUAUUUUUUUUGUGCAUAACUUUUCAACCAGCAAUUUUAAUCCAACUUAUAAUGAUAGCAAUAUUUUUAAAGGGAAUUUCAUUGGAGAGGUACUUUAGAGAGGUUACUUUUUCGAUUUUCCAGAGUUUUCCAGGUAAAUUUGAAAAACCGGGAAAAACGUAAUAGGAAAACUGGAAAAAUCAGUAUAACAUUAAAAAAUUAUUAAAAAAAAUAUAGAAAGCCUAUUUAAUUAUUUUACUAUAAUAUGACAUAUAAAUUGUUGAUAAAGCAUCACUAUUAACUGAACUCCGAUAAGAAUCGUUUUUUCUUAAGCAAUGGUUUAUUGUUACUUACAGGUAUACAUUAAAUUCCCGUUUCAUUAUCCUGGGACGUCUUUUUUAUAAUAAAGUUUCAAUAUUAAAUUUUGACGAAAAUCAGUAUGUGGAAAACAUGUGUAAAAAAUCUCAUAGACCUAUUGUUAUCCCAAAAAUCGUAAGUUUAAACCCGAGUACUGAAAAAUAUUUGUUGCAAAAUCAUUUUGGUUAGGUAACAAGGAAAAAACAAAUGCAUUUUGGAUGCAUUUAGAGACCCAAGCCGUCGAUCGUUAAUUAUUUUAAUAGAAAAAUACCCCUCGAUUUAUUGUAUACAUUUUUCUACCAGAAAUUUUGCUCCGAUGUAUCAAUUGUAGCACGUAUUCCUAAAGGAAACGUUAUCUACAUGGUUAUCUACUAUAAACAGGUCAUUUUUAGAUUUUCUAAACGCUUUUCGUCAUAAUUGGAAAAAAUUGGAUAAAAAGUCGGUAAAACGGGAAAAUUUACGAAAUUAAUGUUUUUAUAUCUAUUUUAGUUUAGAAUAUUCUUAAUAACUUAACAUUUAGACAGAAAAUUUAUUUUUACCUUUUCUAGACGUCGUAAAACUAUAAAAAUAUUUGAGCAAUUUUUGAGUUAUUUAUAGAAAUUUUAAUUUUGAGCAACUUUUAUCUGAUAAGUACUCGUGGAUAAAAUUGUUAGACUAAACAGAAAUGCUGUAUUCAAUAAACAUUUAUUUUAUUAUAAUAUAACAUUAUAUAUUGUUGAAAAACAAAAAUAUUAACCAAAAUCCACUCAGAAUCGUUUUUCGUUAUCAAUGAUUAAACUUUAAUUACAGAUAUAUAUUAAAUUUCCCUCUAUAUCCUACCUUCCCAAUUUCUCAUCUACAACAGUGGUCCACCCAUCUAUCGAAGUAUAUUCUUUUUUUAAAAUUGUUUAAUUCUUUGUUACCUUCCUACUUUUGUGUUUUCAAGACUGUGAAGUUUUAUAGUUCAUAAUUAGAAUAUGUUAAAAAAUUAUGAAAAAUUUAAAAUAUUAUAUUAUUGAGUCUACACAUAAUACAUUCAUGUGCAGUAUUUGUCAAAAACGAGUAAGUAACAUUGAGGAAGUUUAUAUAAAAUUAAUUAUGGUUCAUAAAAACCUAGUAUGUACAAAAACAUAUAUAUGUAUUCAAUUUAAAUUUUUAACCAUGUAUCAAAAUAAAUUUAAAUUUAAAACCUUGUUUCAAAUUAGAAUUUGAUUUAUUAUCAUUUUUAAAAACAAAUUAAUUACCAAAAAAUUAUUAUAUUAAGUUGGGAACAGUGCUUGACUUGCAAAGUGCAAAAUAGAUAACUACUUAUUUGGAAGGCAUUGGAUGGUAUUGUCAUUUGUAUAAAAAUAAAUUUUCAUUGAACAAAAUAUCUAUACAUUACGCAGUCAUCUAAUUUAUUUUUCCAUCAAUUACAACUCAUGAUAAACUUUAUGAUAAUUUUUUAACCAUUUUUGCUGGACAAAACCAAUUUUAUCCACAUAAAAACUAAAAAAACAAGAAGAUUUUAAAUGGCUACAAAUUUUUUGUACAAACAUUUUUAGAAUAUUUUGAAAAUUGUAUACCAUAUCUAGAAAGGGCUAAUAUAAUGUAGUUAUAUAAAAGUAUUUGGGGAAAUACGGUUUUUUUUUAUCGAUUUACAAAAAUAAAAUAAAAUUGAUUAUAAUAAAAUCUCAUAUUGUGUAAAUAUACUAGUUUUUCCAAAGUUUUUCUAGGUUUUUCACAUUAUUAAAAAAACUACAUUGAAAAUAAAAAAAAUGAUCUCUUCAUCAAAUCUCCCUAAAGUACCACCUCAAUCAGAUUUCCUUUCAGAAAAUGUAUUCUCAUUGUAAAUCAAAACAAAAUUGCUAGUAGAAAAGUUGUCCAUGAAAAAAAAAAUUUUAAAAAAAGACAGACAAUACUGCACACAAUGUAAAUUGACGAUGGGCCACUAUAAUAGAUGAGAUAUUGAGAAGAUAGGAGAAAGAAGGGAAUUUAAUGUAUAUCUGUAAGCAAAAUUUAAUCAUUGCUAACAAAAAACGAUUCUGAGUGUAUUUUGGUUAAUAUUAUUACUUUUCAACAAUAUAUUAUGUCAUAAUAUUAUAGAAAAAUAAAUGUAUACUGAAUACAAAAUGUCUGUUUAAUCUAACAAUUUUAUCAACAAAGUACCUCUCAAAUAAACAUUACUCAAAAUUAAAAUGUCUAUAAAUAACUCAAAUAUCUCUACGCGUCUUUGCUAAUGAAAAAUGAUUUUAAGCGAAGUUUGGUUAUACAUGUUUAAAAGACCAUAAUACUUAGGAUUUUCAUCAAAAUUUGACAUUCAAAUUCUUAUAAAAAAAAAUAUGUUACAUUAACUCAAAAUUUUCUUGUUAGACACUAAGUACAACUUAUAAAUAACCUCCUAUUAAAUUGUCAAGCAUUUUUGACGUCUGUUCGGUCUAACAAUUUUGUCCACAGAUGACCUAACAAAUAAAUCACCAACCGAGUAAAAAACUCGAAAAUUUUACCAUAUCUAAAAUAGACAAAUAUAAGGUUUCUGUCAAAAUCUCAAAACUAUGAAUUUUGUUUACUGAAUAACAAAAAAAAAAAACAAAAUUAAAUUAUUUUCGUACAUUUUUCCGUUUUUCCUACUCUUUUUCCCAUUUACUAUGAAAACCUCUGGGAAAAUUAAAUCCCUUAAGUACCGUCUCAGGAUAAUUCCUUUUCAAAAAGUGCUCUAUGUGAUACUUCGAAUUUCUGGUAGAAUUUUUGAACAGAGUAUAAAAAAAUUAAAAAAAAAAAACAUUGUAAAACCAAUACAUUCUAUGCUACACUCAGAACUCAGUUACUCGUUGCGUAUAAGUAUAUAUUGAAUUUUCCCUCUACCUUCCCAAUUUCUCACCUACAAUAGUAGCCUACCCAAUAUGCGAAUUAUGUCCGUAUCUUUUUACUUCUUUGAUUCGAAUAUUGUUUGAAAACAUUUCACAGUUUGACUGUAUACUAGAAAUAGAAGGACUAAAAAUACUAUAAUAUAGCCUGCCGCAUACAACAUAAUAUAUGUUUAAUGGGUCAAUAGUGUAUGUAACUAAAAAAUCACAAUAAUUUCAGAAAAUGAAGAGUCCAUCAAUACUACUGUGGACAUGCAGGACCAGUCAAAAGAGUGUGCCAUUAUUAGAGAGGAUUGGAUAGAAAUGACAAAACCUAUGAUCUACAAACAUUUAGAAUGGGCAGUUGACAGAAUUUUAGAUUACAAUGUCCGAUGGACAGAAUGUCAACACAGAAUAGACGAUGAGACCAUUAAUAAUAAACAUGCCCAGGACAGUGACCGCGUUUAAAUAGCAAAUAAAACUUGGAUAAUAAUUUAUUUUAAAAUUUUAGAAUUUAUUGGUUUUGCUAAGAUGUUUAUUUUUUUUCUUAUAUAUAUUAUGUAGGGUUAGGUUAAUCAAUAUGAUCAAAAAUAUCCUACCACAGUCAUAUGCAAGUAGCCGCUAGCCUGGUUUCUCCCGACAGCCGUCAAAUUGUAUGGCGAUUAACAAAAUUAUAAUUUACAAAUUUAUUUAAUUUUAUAUUGUAAUAAUAAUUAUAUCGUCAUCUACCGGGAGUUUUAUUUUACGUCAUUAUGAAACGGGCCACAUAUAAGUAAUGCAUACAUUUGUAGAGAACCUAUGUUCUCCGAUUGGCUCUCAUUUCAACGAGAUAACAAUUUCAUUAUCAGUAUUUUUUUUUUUUAUUUAGGUACCUAUACGAUAAAAUAGGUACUGUGUAUACAUAAAAGAUAGAUUGUGAGGGGAAAAAUGAUUAUGUAUGAAUGUCACGUACAUCACAAAUUUUGUAAUCUAUUUAUUUUCAUCUAAUGAGUGUUCUUUACGUUUAAAUUUUUUAUCUAGGAUGUGUAAUAAUGAGUUUAAUUAUCAAACAAUAUUAACCUAACCUAACCUGAAAUACUAAUUUGAUAUUAAAUUUAAUAUUUACCUAACCUACUUACCUAAAAAUAUUAUCCCCAAAUUUCUUCUAUGCAUGUAUUAUAAUUGGUCUAAUAUAAAUGGUAUUUUAAUAAUAGUCAUAUAAACAGUAUUUUAAAUUUUAAUAAAACAAAAAAAUGUUUAGUUUAUAAAAACUAAAACAUUUAAAUGUAAUACUGAUAAAUUGUGUAUCAACUCUACUCAUGGCACCAAUCAAUACAAUUUUAACCUAACAACAAUUGUAGUAAUUGAUGACUUUGAUGAAAGAUACAUAAUAAAUGUUUACAUAAAUUAAAAUAGGUAUAAUUAGGUAGGUUGUUACAUUACAUAAAUUUUAGGUAAAUAAUUCGGUAAAUGUCAUAUAACCCUAUAUAACACCGGCGUUUGGUGACCUAAGUAAAGAUGGCAGCGACUGGUGUCUUGACUUUUGUUUAUAAAAGUGUAAAUAGUAGUGUAUGUAAAAUGCUACUAACUUGCUGUAUGCUUGAAUUUGCUAAUAAAGUGGUUUUUUCAAGUAUGUAUAUGUAUCAGUAUUUUUCAACAUGGUCAUCUAUACAUACAAUUUUACUGCAGUAUAACAAUUAUUUUAUAAAUCGUUUUUGUAUAGAUUUCCAAAUAAUAGUGUAGUCAAAGAAAAACGGAUAGCUGCUAUAAAAAGACAAAAUUUUAUUCCAACAUAUAACAGGAUAUGUAAUAUUCAUUUCAGUGACAACGAUUUUUUACAACGACCAGAUAUUAUAAAUAAUAAACAUAAUAUAAUAUAUGAAUAAUUACAUUGAUUAUUAAUGAAAAUAUUUCUGAGUUUAUGAAUUAUGAUAAAAUUUAUGUGUGUAUAAUCAUAACGAUAUAAAAAUUGAUAAAAUACCAUAGCCUUCAAACCAAUAUAGCGGAAAAGCGGCAUAGCCUGGCCUGCUUGUGAAUUUAUAGUUAGCAAUCUAGUUUAUUAUCUAAAUCUGUGGUGACUGAUAAUUACUAUCAAUUUGAGGAAAUGUUAAAAUAUUAUAUUAUUAUGUCCACAUUAAAUCAUUAAAACCUAGGUAUAUAUUUUAAAAUAAUUAUCUCUAGUACGAAUUAAACUAUUUUUAUUCCUGAUCUCUAGUAAGGUCAUAGACAUAUCAUUAAGAUAUCUUAAUAUGUCUAUGAGUAAGGUAACUGUGUCGUUUAUUCCAGGUAGGCAGGUAAUGAUAAGAACCGUUUUUUUAAUAGUAGUUAAAUAUUUAUUUAUUAUCAAUGUUUUAAUCAUAAUUUUUAAUCAUUUUCGAAAACAGAUAUGUUGUCAGCUUAUAGAUAUAUAGCAUUAAAAGUUCGAAUCAUAGUUUUUUAUAAACUGCAAAACAUUUAAAUAAGAACUGCACAUUUUGUAUACAACUGCACAGUGCACGUUAGCGCAACCAAUGAUUUAAUCCUACAUCAGAAGGGAUAGCAAUGAAUAUAAAUUAAUACUAAUUACAAGUACUACGCAUCGUUUAAACUAGACACUUUUUGCCACCAUAUGGUAACUAGCGCUAUCUAACGGUUUUUGAUUAUUCCGUUUGAAACAUAUGCAUUGUGAUUAUAAAAAAAAUAGCUUAGUUACACAUUAAGAAUUGAUAACAAUAAAAUUUUUGUCUCUCACAUUAGUCAUUAUUCCGUAUUUAACAAUUAACAUAUUUACCUUUUAACUUUUUACCUACCUACCUAACAAAUUGUGUGCACACAAUGUUUUUAUUCAUUUUUUUCUUACUUUAAUUACGAGUUUUUAUUUAGACUUAAAAUCGAUGUAAUUUCUUUUGUUAAUUCAUUAAAACUAUUCUGAAUGCACCACAGUUAUGAUAGGAAAAUUGAAAUUGAUAUUAUUAUUUGCCAUCAUAUUUUCAAAUAGUGUUAAUGGUAAAUAUUUUAUUUGAUAUAUUAUUAUAUUAUUCAUUACUUAGGUUCAUAUGCUAUAGUUUAUUUAAGAAAUAAUUUGUACCUAUUGGUGUUAUUAUAGGUAUUCAUUAUAAAUUAUUACUAACCAAUAAUGGCCCAGUAACUACUGGUGCAAACAUCACCAUAAAUGCUACAGUUGUUGAUUAUAAUGGAAAUUGUAUUAAAGGAUCAUUGACUUUCAAAUAUAAAGAUGAUGCGUUUCCAAGACAUAUAUCUAAUGUAUAGUAAUACUUAACAGUAUAGUAAUAUACCUUAUUAUAAAAAAUUAAUUGAUUACCUCUACCUAUAUUAUUAGUAGUUUUAAAACUACAGCAUUAUAUUUUAGCAUUUAUAUUUAUAAAACUAAUUUUUGUAUUUAUAACAAAUUAGAAAGAAACUAAAAGCUGUCAAGCAAUUUUCAAUGUACCAUUUGAAACAACAAUUGGACCUUCAAUCUAUAGAUAUCAAAUCGAUGUUUUUGAACAAAUAAUACCCCUGUUAGAUAUUCCAAUUGUCAGUGAUCGUGGCCAGCUAAAUAUUACAGGUAAAUUUCAUUUCUGUACAAUAUUUUUAUGAAAUGGAUAAGGUAUGUUCAAUUUUUAUAAUGUUUUGAUAUUACAGAAUAUUUAAAUGGUCAACUUCAAGUGUUCCAAAAUAACACAAACCUUUCAAAAAAUGAUCCACAGAUUAUUUAUGUGUCUUCUAGUUUAGAAACUGUAUAUAAAAUUGAACUCAAUGCUGCUGAUAUGAAUUAUCUUAAUACAAAUAGUAAUUCGAUUACUAUUUACUGGUUUGUUGACUGUAUGUACCAUGGAAAUACUACUAACUAUACAUUUUCUAGCAAUUUUACUCAAUCCAACACACAGCAUGAAAUUCUUGGCAUUGUAGUAGCCAAUAUUGGACCUCGUCCACAACCUACACCACCAACGCCAAUAACAACUAUUGUUAAUCCCAAUAAUACUGCUAGUACUACAGUUUCUUCCAUUAGUACAACUGCGAUUACUUCUACUAAUGCCAGCAUUAGUGCUAUAAUUCCUACUGUGUCUGCUGCUGUUAUUUCUAACACCACUACAUCUCCGGCUCUUUUGAAAACUGAUGUUAAGUCUUCUUAUCAUGUAAUCAAUUUGACACACACUACAGAAUGUCAAGAAAAACAAAAUAUUGAUUUGCUUUUAUCUGCGGUUAAUUUAGAGAGUCAACAAAAAUAUGGAUAUUUUAGUCGCUCUGUAUUUGUCAAAGGUUAUUAUAUUUCUUUUUUAAAUCAUAUAAUUUCUGUUAUUAAUUUUUGAACUAUAGAAAUUUAAUAUUUUAUUUAUUUAGGUCCGAUAGCAAAUAUUAAGACUCAAGGUAAAGUGUGGAUACAAGAAGGUGAAAUGUUAAAUCUCCAAGUAAUGAUAAAAUGACAUUGUGUAAAACUUAGCACUAUGGUAAAUUAAAUAUUUGUUAUAUAUUUAAGGUGAGUUGUAAUGGUAGUGGUCCGUUCCGUUACUGUGCGUAUUAUGUACAAGGACCUCACAAUAUAACUGGUAAUGAAACAUGUCAGUGGGAAAAUAAUUUAAUCCAAUGCCAAACAGUAUUUUUUCACUAUUUUCGCCAACCUACCAACUAUACAUUAGUUGUUAUCAUAGCUAAUGAUGUUUCAAAAGUUAUAACACCUAUUGGAAUUAAUAUUUAUAAAGGUAAUUAAUAUUUUUAAAUUUUAUAAUGUUGAUAGUGCAAUGCUUGAAAUUAACAUGUUAAGUUUUUAUUUUAAGUUUUCAAAUUAAUAUUGAUAAAUUAUUUUACUAUUUUUAAUUAAUUUUAAAUUAACUUAAAGUUUGAGAUAAUAAUUUAUAUUAGUUAUAUUAAAUUAAUAAAGUUCUACUAAUGUUUUUUCAUUAUAAAUUUGUUUACUUUUGAUAACUUGUAAAAUUGAUAUACUUCAUUAAUUUAACAACCUAAAUCAAUGUUCAGAGGAUUGCAUUCAUUAUAAGAAUAUGAAUAUGAUUAUUAUUUUAAGAUUAAUAUAAUGUGUUAUUUUACGCUAAUUAAACAUCUGUGAAGUAAGUUUUUAAAUAAAUGUUUCAUACACUAUUAAUCAUAUAUAUUUUUUUUAAUUUUCAGUAAAAAAACAACCUCAGAUAUCUGUUAUUGUAGUACCUGUAACAUUCAGUUCAAUUGCUAUAAUUAUUGUUGUAUUUGGAGUAGCGUAUUAUUUUCAAAAUAGAUCAAGGUAUAAAUAAUAAUUAAGUAUUAUUUUUCAAUUAUUAUUAUUAUUUAAAUUAAAUUAAAAAAGGUUGUUGCAUUACUGAUUGUUCUAAUUAAUAAGUUUGGUUACAGUUGUAGAUAGAAGUUAGGAAGGUAAGAUAUACAGAGUAAUUCACUAAGCUACCUCAUUUUUUUGGUUAAAUUUCACAUUUAUUCAAUUUUUGAUUUUUUGAUUUUUUAAGUGUAUUUGAAGACGAUAUUUUCGAGUAACAAGAUUUUCCACUACAUUUAAGGAGUAUCUUGUGGAAAUACCAACUUUGGUUUUCUCAAAUGAGAACUUAUAUUAACAAUUCCAUAAAUUCACUUUUAAUUUUAGGUAGGUGGAGAGUAGUGUAGCACUAAUAAAACAUUGUGCACCUUGUCAUAUUAAAAAUCUCACAAAUAGACAGAGUAUUACUUUAAAUAAAUUUUGGUAUCGACAUUUUUGAUUUCUGUUAACCCGUUACCUGUUAAUGAGAUAUUCCACUUUUAAGUUUAGGUAGAGAAAAAUUAGUGGAAUAGUUUUCAAUACAACGGUACGUUGCACAUUAUUUUAUUAAUGUUCCACUACUCUCCCCCUACCUAAACUUAAAAGUGAAUUUAUGUAACUGUUAAUAUAGGUUUUCAUUUAAACAACCAAAUUUGGUAUCACCACAGGAUACAAUUCAAAUGUUGUGAAAAAUCUAAGUAUUUAAUAAUAUCGGCAUUAAUUACAAUUAAAAAUUCCAAAAGUUAGAAUUUGAAUGUAUGCAAAAUUUAACAAAAAAAAAAAUAAGGUGAGCACUCUUAGUGAACCUUCUGUAUAGAAUAGUUUAUGUUCCAUAUUGUAUGAAAUGAUAAAUCUUUUUAAAUAAAAAUGAUUCUGAACAUAGUUUGGUUAUAUAUUUUUUGAUAAAAUAAUAUUUUAAAUUUUGUUAAUGUUUAGCUACAAAAUAAAAUUGUUAUUAAAAAAAAAAAAUGAUAUCCUAUAUUUGAAAUUAAAAUGCUUUAAAUAGAUAAUUACAUUAUUCUGAAUUUUUUUAUUGUCAGUUUUUGAUUUUUCAAUGGGUUUUCGGAAAUAAUUAGGAAAACUGAAAGAAAAUUGUUAAAAUGGCAAAUAUUUAUGGAGCGCCAUGGUAUUACCAAUUUCAUUGUUUUAAUCUUUGCAACGUUUAUGUUUUCUAUUAAAUAUAUUGCCCUAAUUGAAAAAUGACAAGAGAUUGAUUUUGUUUUUUAUAAUACAUUGCUAUUAAAAAAAAGUAGUUUUUUAAUAUCUAAAGUAUUUUUCAUAAUAAUUGAGGAAAACCAAAAUUUAAAAGGUGAAAAACAUGAUUAUGUCCCCAGUAGCAGCUCUUUUAAUAUUAUAUUGAUCUUGGUAUGUUAUUUUAUAUUAAUAUUUAUUUAUUUUUUAGAUAUAUGGUUGAGGUAGCAGAUUUUGAUUUUGCCAAUAACUCAGACAUGGAAUGCAAAACAUUUAGAGAACGAUUACGCGAUGCCAUUAGUCAAGCUAUUAACCGUACAAAAGACUAUUCAGAGUAUGAUGGUAGCGAAGAACGAAUUGGUGGUUUGGAUACACCUCAGAAUCAAAAAUAUGGUAGUAUGCAAUGA